UUUAUGAAUGUUUCGUUGUUCGAUUAAAGAUGGAGGAUGAGCUGUUCAAAACAAAUUACAUCUAAAAAGUAAACACUAAACUAAACAGGGAAGCGAGCGGAAGGUGCCUAUCUAGAUAUAUUUUUCAAAAUGAGAAGCAGCAAAACAAACCUCACAGAGGCUUAUGCAUGCAAAAUUCGCUUACUAGAUGAUGUUGAAAUGUCAUUUGAAUUCAAGAAAGAAACCAAAGGUUCUGCUUUGUUGGAUUAUAUUUCUAACGAGCUUGACUUACUUGAAAAGGAUUAUUUUGGUCUUAGAUAUGUUGAUAACAAUAAACAACGGCACUGGUUAGAUGGAAGUAAGGAAGUAAUGAAGCAGUUAAAAGAAUGCAGACAGCCAUAUAUGUUCUUCUUUCGUGUAAAAUUUUAUCCAACCGACCCAACCAAAUUAAGAGAGGAAAUCACAAGAUAUUACUUGUAUCUUCAACUGAAAAGAGAUAUCCUUCAUGGCAGGCUACUUUGUCCAUUCAACAAUAUCACUGAUUUAGCUGCUCAUGUUGUACAAGCGGAGAUAGGUGACUACAGUGAAGAAGAACAUGGUCAAUCCUAUUUAAGUAACAUGAAACUGCUUCCAAGACAGAAUGAAAAGCUUGAAGAGAAGAUCAUGGAAUAUCACAAAACUCUUUCUGGUUAUAACCCAGCAACAGCAGAAAAUCGAUUUCUAAAUCUUGCCCGUAGUCAAGAUCUUUAUGGUGUUGACCCCCACCCUUGCAAGGACCAGGAUGAUCUGCCAUUAUAUCUAGGCUUAACACCACAAGGAAUACAAAUCAUUAGAGAAGCAAGACGAGUUUCAGGAUUUAUCUGGUCUGAUGUAAAUAAAGUCUCCUAUGAUAAUAAAAUAUUUUAUGUUCAAACAAUAUCUAAAAAGAAAAAGACAAAUUAUGCAUUUCGAUUAAACGAUACACCAUCAUGUAAACAUUUAUGGAAGUGUGCAGUUGAACACAUGUCAUUUUAUAGUGAGGAACCAAUCAAAGCACAAGUUCCAAAACGAUCAGCAUUAUCGCCUCAAAAUAUUUUCAGGAGAAGUAAAUACAAGUUUAGUGGAAAAACAGAACAUGAUUUGAGAAGGAGUACUGAACAAUACAACCGCUCCACUCCUGUUGCUUUUGAAAGAAAAUCAAGCUUAAGAGCAUCUAUUCAGAAGAACUGUUUAUCCAUGUCUAACCUUGAGAAAAUACCACAACCGUACUCGUCUAAACAAAACAGUGAGAACAGACCAGAGGAGAAUGGAGUACCAUUAGAUUCGCAAACACAAUCUACUUUCUCUGAUCAAAAUCCUGAGCAAGAAGAUGAUCUUGCUGAGUUCGAAACUAGAGAUUUUCCCAGAGACCCUGAGUCAUGUCGCGAUUCAAUGAUGCUAGAUGAUGUAUCAACAUCUAGUUCUUUAGAAAUGAACAAUUUACCACCUGUAGCAAGUACACCACAACCACCGCCGCCACCCAGCAUAAAUGUUGAAAACUUCGAUGAGCCUCCCGUGAAUGGCACAGCAAUUAACACACCGGCCAGUAGCACAACACCAAAUAGCACAAUGGUUAAUAGCACAGUAAGAGAACCUGAUCAACAAAGACCACAGCCCCAACCGUCUAUAAUAGCCACAACAACAUUCACAGACUUAUAUAAGAAUCCGUUCAUUUUGCUGUUACUUCUAGCCGUUGCAAUAAUCCCAGUUGCUAUUGUACUUCAAUUGAAAUUCAGAAGUUCAUAACUAUUAUAUGAGUUUUCUAAAUAAAGUAUAUGGUGACCAGAUGAAAUGUUCUUUAAGAAUGUCAAUAUUUAUUUUGGGGCAAAAGAAAUGCUCGUUAUUUUCAAACAACUUGCUGUUUUAAGAUUAAUAUUCUAGAGAAGUUU